AUGCUUCUGCAGUGUCCUUCUAAAGUAUUAAGUAAGACUGCUUUAUGCAAUGAUAAUCACACAAUACCGAUGAGGAAUAUUUAUUUUCCUUUGUGCUGUCAUUAUCUUCGUGAGACUUUUAUAACUCUGUCUGCCAAACUCGCAAUUGCUUUUUGUUUUCUGAUAUUUCGGACUAAAAAGCAAGCAAUGAACUUAGCUCAGUUCACUGAAUCUUCGACCGGUCCCUUUUCAGUUUGCAAAUUUGUUCAAAUUUUAUUUUUACUUUCGACUGAUCUGAUUUUAUUUGAUGCACAAUCAUUAUUCCCUGUAAAUGUUUCACUAAGAAUUUGGUACAAUUCUGUUUUGGCAGAUUCUGAUUGCCACGUUUAUUUCAAAUGUAUUGCUUACAAUAUUUUAUAUUAA